AUGUGGUGUAACGGCGAGGCAGUGGAGCAUGUCUUGGUGAGAUGGUCCGAUGGGUCGGAGUCCCCGUCUUGGGAACCUCGUUCGGAGGUGCAAAAACGUUUCCCUGACAUCCCCCUUGAGGGCAAGGAGGUUUCUAAGGAGGGGGGAGUUGUUACGAACGCACCAACGCCCGAUUCUCCGGCGGAGGUUCUUGAUGACAGCCAUGUAGAUACAGUGGUGUCAACCGAGUCCACGGGAGAAGCAGCGGAGCAGCAGAAGGAAGAGUUGAGCAAGGCAGCGAUGGAGACGGCUCCGACGAGAAGGCAGCUCCGACCUCGGGAGAGUCUAAAGCAGCCUGAGCGCCUUCGUGAGAAUCGUUAUCUUAACAAACUGGUGCUUUUCAUCUGGAACUCCUGGACUCGUGUGGAAGAGCAGACCGACUCACACCAGCAGCAGCAGUUGCCUCCAGGGUUCGAGUUCUACCCCACAGAUGCAGAGCUGGUGGUCUAUGCCAUGAAGAGAGCCAUCAGGAAUUUCAGAAGUGAUUUAGUGCUGGGAGAAGGUGGUUUUGGCAGCGUUUACAAGAGGUUUAUGAAUUGUGAAAGUGACCAAUGCUUUCGUGAAUGGCAGUCAGAAGUGAACUUCUUUGGAAGAGUGGUGAAACAGUUGGGCCACUGCCAUGAGACUCAGCAGCUACUCUUCGGACGGCUUUCUCAUUUGGAUCUGUUGAAGUUAUUUGGAUACAGAUGGGAUGAUAACGAUCUGCUUCUUGUGUAUGAAUUCAAGAAAAAAGGAAGCUUCGAAAACCAUCCUUUUAAAAGUUAUGGUCACCCACUGCUGGGACAUUCAUCGAUGAAAAUGUUGAUCGGAGCAUCUCGUGGGCUUCAAAACUUACACAGUUCAGACAUAAAAGUUAUAGACAGGGACUUCAAAUCUUCAAACAUACUGCUGGACAAAAUAUCAGAUUUUGGCCUUGCAACAACGGGUCCAUUCGCUGAUAAAACCCCUGUGUCAGCACGGAUUAUGGGAACAUUUGGAUGCAUGGCACCAGAAUAUAUCAUGACAGGUCAUGUAAACGUGAAGAGCGAUGUAUAUGGAUUUGGCGUGUUGUUACUAGAAGUUAUUCUUAUAAGUUUGCUCAUAUGA